CAAACAAGGACAUUUACACGGGCGUCCGUUUACGUCAUUGGUUUCCAUCCACGGAAUACUGAUGUACAGCUGAGAAAAUGAAGAAAAACAAGGGAAAGGUGAACACCACUGAGAAGGAGUUUGUGUUUGGGUUCAGGGCAGGGAGGAAUGACUGUGUCCUCAAAGUACCUCUGCAAUUCCCUGUCCAAGAAAAUGUCAGUGACCUGCAUGGACGACUUAUGCUGCUGCACAAAAUACCUUGCGUCGUUGAGAAUGAACUGAAGAGCACACUGUCCAUGUUUAUUGAGGGCGAAACCAUCCAGGACUAUGACAGAGAAGCAGAGUUGGCCCUACAGAGACUGACAACAGGAGAGGUGGACAUCAACCAGCUUACAAACACAUGGGCCAAGGCCUACUCGGAGAUCACGCUGAAACGUGGUCGUCCUGAGGAGCCCAGCUGGGAUGAGGACUUUGCAGAUGUUUACCAUGAGCUCAUCCACUCCCCGGCCUCUGACACCCUGCUCAACCUGGAACACAACUACUUUGUCAGUGUCUCGGAGCUCAUCAGUGAGAGAGACAUGGAGCUGAAGAAGUUACAAGAGAGACAGGCAACAGAGAUGGACAAAGUCAUGCAGGAACUGGGAAAGACCAUGACUGACCAGGAUGUAAAUGCAGUUGCAUCUCAACACUUCGAUGCGCAGCAGGUGCUGGAGAACAAGUGGGCCAAUGAACUGAAACAGGUGACUCAAAUCCAGAAGCAGGAGUAUCAGGAGUGGGUGAUCAAACUGCACCAGGACAUGCAGAACCCCAAUAACAGCACUAUUAAUGAGGAGAUCAAGGUGCAGCCCAGCCAGCUAACACAGGAGGCUGAGCCUGGGGCCAGGCUGUACGAGGAGCAGCGACAGCUGGAGGAGAGCUUCACCAUCCACUUAGGUGCACAGCUGAAGACAAUGCACAACCUGCGACUGUUGCGGGCGGACGUACUGGACUUCUGUAAGCACCGUCGGCAUGGCAGCAGAGGGACCAAGCUGCGGCGGCUGCAGACGGCUCUGUCGCUCUACUCCUCGGCCCUGUGUGGCCUGGUAUUGCUGGUGGACAACAGGGUCAACUCCUACAGUGGCAUCAAGAGAGACUUCGCCACAGUAUCUAAAGAGUGUACAGACUUCCACUUCCCUCGGCUUGAUGAGCAGCUGGAGGUCGUCCAGCAAGUGGUGCUUUAUGCCCGGGCUCAGACCAGCAAGCACAAAGACCAGCCUGAGGUUCCUAGGAAUGGAAGUAAUAGUGAAGAUAAGAACCAAAAUGUGGAAAAGAAUUAUUCCAUUAUUCCAGGUGAAUUCUACAUCUCCCGCCACUCCAACCUGUCUGAGGUCCACAUAGUGUUCCACCUGUGUGUGGAUGACAACGUGCGCUCAGGCAACAUCACGGCCCGGGACCCUGCCAUCAUGGGCCUGCGCAACAUCCUCAAGGUCUGCUGCACGCAUGAUGUCACCACCAUCACCAUCCCUCUGCUACUGGUCCAUGACAUGUCAGAGGAGAUGACUAUCCCAUGGUGCCUGAGGCGGGCUGAGCUGGUCUUCAAAUGUGUCAAAGGUUUCAUGAUGGAGAUGGCAUCGUGGGAUGGAGGGAUCUCACGGACAGUCCAGUUUCUAGUUCCACAGAGUAUCUCUGAGGAGAUGUUCUACCAGUUGAGCAACAUGCUGCCUCAGAUCUUCCGCGUCUCCUCCACCCUCACGCUCACCUCCAAGCGCUGACGGAGACACAGGGCCAAUCACAGCGGCUUGGCAACUGUCAACACCAUGCAGUUUUUAACAGACAGAUUCUAUGGCCUCUUCCGCAUCAUGCUAUAGCAAUUAGCAUUUCAGUCUUGCAGUCUGUGGUUAAGUAUUAUUAUAAGUCACAGUUGAAUGAGUCUACCAUCAUGAAAAUAAACUAACCAAAGGAAUGAC